GAAGAAUUCGCCUUAUAGAUCAAGAAAUUUCUUUAUUGACCACCAAUUGGAUGAUUUUUUAAAUUUGCCUAUAGCUUAAAAACCGGGAAAAGUAUUUAGAUAAAACUAAUCUUAAUUCUUACGUUCUAAACUUUCAUUUGAGCCCUUAAAAGUUAAAAAAUUUUAUGUAGUAGUCGAAAAAUUCAGAUUUUUUCAUUCACCUGUCGUUUAAGUAUAUAAUUAAAUAUUAUAUAUAUAUAUAUAACGUUCUUUUCUAUUUCACGCUUUUACGUUCUACACGGAUAUCGAAAAAUAAAUACAUGCAUAAUUCUACUUUAAAAAAAUGGUGAUCUUGAAAUUUCGUAAAAAAAAAAGUAUAUAUGAAGAAGAACUAUUUUUAUCGUUGCAUGUGGCUCUUGAAAUAAUGUAACUUUGUUCUGAGAAGUCUUUUUAUACAAAAAUAACUAAAGCAGAUUAUUUAGAUGAUCUUAUUUAGUUGGACUAAUCUGUACAUAAUAUCACUAUACUAUAAAAAAAUCAGUACUAAUAAAAACAAACACAACUUCUUUAUCCCACAUUUUCCUAACUAGUUGUGAAUUAUAAAAUUAUAAAUAGUCAUUCGAAGGAAUUUUACUUUUUCAUCAUAGAAAAUCACUAUUAAUAAUAAAAAAUUAGAGUAAAAAAGAGACGUUCAUAUUUAAGUAUCCUUCCUUCACACUUGUAUGAUUUACGUAUAAGAGUAGGGUACGCAUACGUAGUAUGUAUGAAAGAGAAUGCAAGUUAUAUGAUGCAUGUUGUAUAUGUAUAUGUUAUGUUUUUAUGUAUCUAAGCAUUUAUAGAAUAUUUUCGAUGAAUUAGAAGUGAAUUUUUCUAUUGGAAAAAUAAAUAUUUUUGGACAUGGGAAACUUACUAUGGUGGUUAUAUGAGAUGGAUAAGUGGAAUUAAAAGUAAUAAAAUCAUAUUUAAUAUCUGACUUAUUCAGAAAUUAAAAAUUCGAAUAGCAAAACAUACACUUAACCUAUCAUAGCAUAAAGUGAUACGAAAGUUAUAAUCAUGCCGGUUUUUCAAGAAUCAUGUGCAGAGCAAAUUCAAGCUCAAACGAUCAUUAUAAUUCAUCCUGGAUCCAUGUAUCUUAGGAUGGGACGAGCAUCUGACUUAAAUCCUUGUACAAUGCUAAAUGCUGUUGCCAGAAAACGUUUAGCUGGAGGGUUAGAAUAUAAAGACAGUUUACUACCACCAACUGUACCACGAACAAAAGAGCUGACACAAGCAAUGGAGGAAUCUCGUCUACAAGUAUCUCAUACAUUACAAUCCUGUCUCCAAUCCGAUGGAAGAAGAAGAUAUGCUACGCCACCCCAACAAAUAGCUGCUUUUAAUCGCAGAUCCAAUCCAGAAAUAUCAUCUCCAUGUAGUGUCGAAUGGAUAAAGACAGAUAAAGACAUUGUAGUUGGAGAUGAUGUAUUAUCGUUGAAUCCAGAUGAUAAUUUCAAUAUUCACUUUCCAUAUAGGAGAGGUGAACUUAACAUUCAUUCUGGUCCUGGUGGUAGUUUGAGAUCUGUUAUGGCUGAUUUAAAAACGAUUUGGGAAUAUGUUCUCACAGAAAAAAUGGACAUUCCUUUAAGAGAUUUGAAACAUUAUCGUGCUGUUCUUAUAAUUCCAGAUAUUUAUAACAGGCAAUAUUUGAAAGAAUUAACAACGCUGAUGCUCUGUGAUAUUGGAUUUGGAGCAUGUUUUUUAUUACAAGAUCACGUCGCAGCUACGUUUGGUGCAGGAUUGGGAUAUGCAUGUGUAGUUGAUGUUGGAGAUCAAAAAACAUCAGUUUCUUGCGUAGAAGAUGGAAUCUCUCAUAGAAAUACUAGAGUACGAAUGGAUUAUGGCGGAGGAGAUAUCACUCAGACAUUCUUCUGGCUACUUCAGAAAUGCGCUUUCCCUUACAAAACAUGCGAUCCAUCUAAUAAGCUAGACGCGUUACUCUUGAGUCAAUUAAAAAAAGAUUUCUGUCACGUUGAUUUGAAUGUAUGCGGAUCUCAGGAAAAGACGUUUGUAGUUCGAAAACCGAAACAACAAACCGAGAAAUACACUCUACAAGUAGGCGAUGAGUGUUUAGUCGCACCUUUAAGUUUAUUUCAACCUGAAUUAUUUAAAGUUACUGGAACACAUAGCGUACAUAUACAAAAGAGGUCAAUGGGAGAUCCGGAAGACCCGCACGACGAAAAUUACCUGCGAGAAACGAGUAGAAGAGGUAUGAAAGAAAAUCUUGAGCAAACAUCUGAAAUGCAAGAAGAAGCAACUGCACCAACUGUAGGAGGGGAAGAAGAAGUGGUCGUAGAUGCAGUAGAUUCAGCACCGACCUUAUCGAAUCGCGAUCUGGAUGCUCCACGUGACUUUGUAGUGGGCCCCCAGCAACUAUUAGGAUUAGAUCAUGCUGUACUUCAAAGUAUCGAUCGCUGUCCCACGGAAGAUCUGAAAAGAAAAAUGUACAGUUGUGUACUUGUUGUUGGUUCUGGUAUGAAAUUUCAAGGUAUAGGUAUGUGGCUACACAAUCGGAUUUCCCUUCAAAUUCCCUACAUGUAUAGGGCUGAACAAUUGGAUAUCAUAACACAACCAAAAGAAAUGGAUCCUGGUAUGACAGCAUGGAAAGGGGCAGCAAUUCUAAGUUGUUUAGAAUCUGCUCAAGAAUUAUGGAUUGGUCGACAAGAAUGGGAACGAACAGGUGUCAGAGUAUUGAGAGAAAGAGCACCAUUUAUGUGGUAAAAAUGCUCGAAUAAAACAUUUUUUUAAAAUUAAAAAAUUUUAAUGUAAAAUAUUAAACUUAAAUUUUGAUUUGGCCAUUUCUUACAAUUAUGUAUUACAUAUAUCAUUAUCUACCAUAUAAUAUUAUCACCUCCCUAUCUUUAAGCACUUAAAUUUAAGUAAUUAAAAAUAAACCUUAUUUUAAAAAUAUAGAAUUUAUAGUACAUAUUAUAUACCUAUAACAUAUCCAUUAAUCUAACUUUAGUUUUAUCAUUUCUAUGAUACAUAAUAAUGUCAGCUUCGAUCAGGAAGUUUACAAAAUCCAGAGUUUCCGGUGUAACAUCUACAUACAGAUCAUUACCACCUCUUGUGUAUGAUGUUGUCAACUCCUGAAAAUUUAUAUCCAUUUGUUCUACCUUUUGAAUAAUAAAAAUUUUUGUAUGACUUUAAA